AAAUUCUAUCUAGUUUUCCUUGUGUGUAUCCAAACGUCGAGACUCAUGAAUGACUUCUCUGCAUUUAUCAAUUGCCUGAAAUAGAUACUAAACCAGAGCUUUUUGACCAUAUUUCUAAAGUUACUUUUCAGAUGCUUAUGCUGGAAACUCAAGUCGCGGUUUGUCUGGAAGUUUUCAGAAAUCCGAGUUGUCUUGAAUGCUUCAUGGGGGAAAAUACGGAAGCAUAGGAGCUCUCUUUUUACUGCAGGCAUCCAAUGCAGGCAUCCUAGUGGGUUAGGCUCGGGACUUCGCGUGACUGUAAUACAUCCAUGCUGUAGAUAGGUAUGCUGUGAAACAGGCCAUGUCUCAGAGGGACCUGAAGGAAGCGUUUAUCAGCAAUCUCAAUGGGACCAGUCUGCAGGAGGUGGCACUGGGCUCAUUUCUCACCCCACUAUGUCUCAUCAGCAGAGGACUGAUUUUGACCCUCUACCAUCAGGCCAAAGGGACUCUUCCGCUUCCACUUCCAAUGAUUUCUCAUCUGCUUCUAGACUUCUGUGUGCUUAUCCUUCCCCUGGUCCUGUCGUGUACCGUUUUGAGCAGUGUUCUUCACCAGGUCAUCUUGAGCCUAGCCUUUGUUUCGGCUUGUGUGUUUUGCUAUAUCUAUCGUGUCAACAGUUCUGCUCAGCACCCACAGAACACUGUCAGCACCUUCCUUCAGAGUCACGUUCAAUUCAACCAGGUUCCCUUUGUGACUAUCUUUCGAGUGUUUGUGAAUGUGAAAACGGCCAUCAGCAUUCUUGCUGUGGACUUUAGUGUCUUUCCAAGGCGAUAUGCUAAAACUGAAACCUAUGGGACAGGGGUUAUGGACUUUGGCGUUGGAGCGUAUGUCUUUGCAAAUGCCCUUGUCUGUCCAGAGGCACGGGGGAAGAACAUCUCAGGAUCCAAGAUGAAUCAUAUCGCAAAGCAGCUCCUGUCUGUCUGGCCCCUGGUUGUUCUUGGUAUGGGAAGGCUAGUGAGCCUCAAAAUGUCCGGCUACCAUGAGCAUGUGUCAGAAUAUGGCGUCCACUGGAAUUUUUUCUUCACACUAGCCAUUGUCAGAGUUGUUGCUUCUGUGCUUUUGGCCAUUUUACCCGCCCGUCAGUCAUGGGUCAUUGCCCUUCUGAUCAGUGGAUUUUAUCAGUUCACUUUGGAGACAUCAGGGCUGAAGGCUUUCAUUAUCCAUAACAAUGACAGAGAAAAGGACUAUCUGCAUGCUAACAAGGAGGGCAUAUUUUCUGUAGUGGGCUAUGUAGCCAUCUACAUGGCGGGAGUUCAGGUUGGACUCUAUGUGAUGCAACCAAGAUCCCACGUUAGACAGUGGCUCAAAGCACUUUUUAACCUCUUUUUGGGAAGUUUUGUCCUGUACUCUGCUUUGUACACAUGUCAGACACUCGUGGAGCCAGUGUCUCGCCGCUUAGCUAAUUUACCUUUCUGCCUAUGGAGUGUUGCUCAGUCUUUGUUUUUUAUGUCCUGUCUAGGAAUAGCGGAUAUGGUUUUACUGUUUUCCAAAAGAACAUCAGGCUGUCACUUUGUACCCUCAUCAUGGAAUUUGUGUAAAAAACAAUCAGACUUAGUCUCUGACAAAAAGACAGGUGAGAUAGAAAGACACUGUCUUGUCCAAGCUGUCAGCAGGAAUCAGUUGUUAUUUUUCUUGCUUGCAAAUGUCUUGACAGGAUUGACCAACUCGAUAGUGGACACACUUAGUUGCAGCAGCUCAUUUUCAGUGUGUGUUUUGCUGUCGUACAUGUUCACGAAUUGCUUUGUAAUACAUGUUUUACAUCUUUGUGGAAUUACAGUGAAAUUCUGGUAAAAUUGCAUUCAUAAAACUACAAGGUUCAUUUGUGUAGUUUGAAGGUUUUUGUGGGGUUGGAGUGACAGGCAUUCAGGGAAACAAUGGGAAAAUGAAAUGUUAUAAGAGGAUAUGAUCUGUAAUGCUGAUGAUACUGUUGUACUAUGUUAUGUUUAUAAAUGCAUGUCUUGAUAAAAUGUGUCUCCAAAUAAGUGAGGACACAGAGUGU